ACUAGACCGACCGAGUGCAGAAUAAACCGUACUAUACUAAUAAAGCAAUAGGACUAUAGGCCUUCUAUAUACAUGUGUUAUUGUUUAUGAACAACAACAGUCAAUCAGCCCUGGGAUGCAAUUCCAAAGUUCAUAAGUUUGUGAUAAUACGCAAUGUAAUUUUCUACACAAUCAUGUGAAUGGAUCGUUAUGGAUCGUAAAUGCAUAUACUCUUAAUUCAUUCCUCACUCUAUAUCAUCUGCCUCCGAGUGACGUCCGGAUUAAUCAUCUCUUUCUUACAUCUUUGUAGACGUAGUCAAGAAUGGCUCCUAUCCAGGAUGUAAACCCUGAUGUUUACAUGAAGAUCCCUCCCCAGAAAGAAGAGAAGAAGCCUGGUCAACUGAAUCAUGCACAGAUUCAUCAGUAUUUUGAAGAGGGUUAUGUUAUAGUACCAGAUUUCUUCAAACCGGAAGAACUUGAGCCAGUUCGUGAAGGGGUGAAAUCCGAAGUAGAUAGGAUUAUAAACCAGCUGUAUGAUGCGGGCAAAAUCAAAGACAAAUACGAAAAUGACGACUUGUUUCAAAGGAUGACAUGUGUGGAGAAAGAGUUUCCUGGUGCCGCCGUGCUACUUCACAAAGCUGGUAGGCUUCCACAGAGUUUUAAAGAUCUUUGGUCAGAUGAUAGGUUACUAAAUGUUAUGGAACAACUGAUUGGACCAAAUAUUGCGGGACACCCGGUCUGGAAUCUUCGCGUCAAGACACCACAAAAUGAAGAAGCAGUAGUCCCAUGGCAUCAAGAUAAUGCCUACCUUGAUCCCAAUGCUUUGAACGUUCUCCAAGUCACUGCGUGGAUUCCUUUACUAGAUGUUAAUGCGAAGAAUGGAUGCAUGCAGGUUGCUCGCAAAGGUCAUCGGAAAGGGGUAACAGCCAAACACAGAUGCUGUGUGGGAGGGACGUGGUACGUUGAGGUACUUGAAGAAGAUAUGAUAGAGACACUGGGUGUAGAUAUGGACAAAGAUUUGGUGACCUGUGAUAUGUCGUAUGGGGGCGUCCUAUUCAUGAACAACUGCGUUCCACAUCGCAGUCUCACAAACCUAUCAAACAAUAUCCGAUGGAGCCUGGAUCUCCGCUGGCAACGACCGGAUAAACCGAACGGUUUCUAUGGGAUCAAGGAUUGUGUCUUGAUGAGAAAAGAAGACGAUCCGAACUACAAACCGAAUUGGGCCGAGUAUGAAUCUUCAGAUCGUCAUAAUCUUGCUAAGGAGGUAUUCAGUCGAAACAAGAAUCCUGAUUUGGAGAUUGAGAGUGACGACAUCGACUUCGAUACGACGAUUACGGGACCAUGGAUGCAGAGAUGGGAUCUAGUCUUUCAUAACAGACACACUCAAAACUUUAAGCCAGAUGAUAAAUUCAACUGGGUGAAGGCUUAGUUAAUCCCUCCUUCCUCGACCAGCAAUAAUCUACCCCCUUUUCCACUUUUACGUUCAUUUUUGUUAUUUUUGUAUUCUUAUUGUAAAGAUUCAAAGUUAGGGUCCCUUAAAAAAGAAAAGUAUAGGUCAAUAAAAGUAUGAAAUUGAUUAAAGUCUCUUUACAACAAUAGUAACAAGGGAUCCAUUGUAUCGCUAACUAAUAAUACAUUUUCCUUAUUCUUGCGUUUAAGUUUUCGAUAUCAUUACCUCUUGUACUAUUAUGCACGUCAUACAUGAUACUACUCGCCAACUCAAUCUACAUUUUCACAGCAAACUGAGUUGAGAUUCGGAGGAAAGAUGGAUUUUUAACAAACCAUGUUCCAUAAAAUAUGAAAUAUACUGACUUGAUUUCCUAUAUAUAAGAACAGAAAUUAAUCGAUAAGAUCCUUGUAUAGCAAAAGUUUAUAUAUAUAUAUAUAUAUAUAUAUAUAUAUAUAUAUAUAUUUCAUCUUACCAUCUAUUUUGGUUAUCAGUGGUCAAAGUUACCAGAGAUGAACACCACGUGAGGUUACAAAGAGGUUACCUUUCGAUUAAACUCACGAUAUUCGUGGGGUCUGACAAUUUUACAAUUUAAGAACUGAUGAUGAUGUAUAUUAUGAUCACAUAUAUUUACUUGUCAUAUUUAUGGGAUAUUCAAUUAUGUCUUUUUGCUGAAUGAGAAACUUUGCAUUUGCCUGUCAGGAAAUUUUCAUUUUAAAAUGUUACAAAUAUGUCAUAACUUUCUGUGCCCCUCUUCUAUUCGUGAUACACUAGUUUAGCCCCUUCACGCAAAAAAAUGAUAAACAUUGAUUAACUAUUACCAUAUUGGAUGUUAUCGACCCGUCUCCAUCAUUCUAAAAUAAUAUUUUGAUAUAUAACUGCGUUUCAAAAUGUGAAGAUUAUAAACAAUAAUUU